GAAACAAAGCCCUAAGCCACCUGCCAGAGACAAAAGGACGAAGAAGAUAAGCGGGCUCACUCUCAGACUCAUAAGAGGGUACUUUUCCUUUGCGUUCUCUAUCAGUUUUUUUUUUCCUUUGCUCUUCUGUUUGGUUGGAGAGAAAUUGAAGGAAAAAGAACAGGAAUCCAUGGCAUCCCAAUUAAUCCGUGAAUGGACUGGGAUUCAACAAUUCCCCCCUGUUACACAGACCAAAUUGAUUGAACUGCUGGGAAAACUAAAGCAGGAGAAUGUGAGCACAUUGACAAUCCUUGUAAUGGGGAAAGGUGGUGUUGGAAAAUCUUCAACUGUAAACUCAAUCAUAGGGGAAAGAGCAGUUGCUGUCAGUGCUUUUCAGUCAGAAGGACCAAGGCCUGUUAUGGUUUCACGGUCCCGAGCAGGAUUCACAUUGAACAUUAUUGACACACCAGGGCUUGUAGAAGGGGGAUAUGUCAAUGAUCAGGCACUUGAGAUCAUAAAACGAUUUCUUCUAAACAAGACCAUAGAUGUUCUACUCUAUGUGGACCGAUUAGAUGCAUAUAGGGUAGACAACUUGGAUAGGCAGGUUGUCAAAGCUAUAACUGAUAGUUUUGGCAAAGAAAUAUGGCGAAGAGGUGUGGUUGUCCUUACACAUGCUCAACUCUCUCCACCAGAUGGGUUAAAUUAUGAGGAUUUCUUCUCCAAAAGAUCAGAGGCUCUCAUGAAAGUUGUUCGAUCGGGAGCUCGGUUAAGGAAGCAGGAUAUCCAGGAUUCUGGCAUUCCUGUUGUUCUGGUCGAGAAUAGUGGGAGAUGUCAUAAGAAUGAAAGUGAUGAAAAGAUUCUGCCAAAUGGAACUGCUUGGAUCCCCAAUUUAGUCAAAACAAUCACAGAUGCUGUGUCAAAUGGAAGCAAGGGUAUUUUGGUUGACAAGAAGUUGAUUGAAGGGCCGAACCCAAACGAGAGAGGAAAGUUACUCAUUCCUUUUAUUUUAGCCUUCCAAUACUUCUUUAUCGUGAAACGAAUUCAACGGGCAAUCAAAAGUGAUAUGGCAAAGGAGAGAAAAGCUCCAUGGGAGUCGCGGGAGGCCAACCGUUAUGAACCUUGAUCGUGGUAAAACUUUUUGGAAUGUGUUUUUGUUCCUUUUUGGUACUAGUUGUAAUACAAGUUAUCUCGGGAGCUUGAUUUUAUGUUUUGAGAGGUGGUUUUUGUGCACUCCUGCCCUACUCAUGUAUUUUCAUCUGGAUAGUUGAGAUUUUCUUCAAGUUUCAUUUCUCAUCAA